ACCUGUAGCUCUACCUGGCGGAGGGUUUGAUCAGCAAAGGUCAUGACGUGGUUUCCCUGGUUCCCUCUAACCUGUACGACAACCAGCAGAAGGUGCUGAACACCCCCGUCAGGCGCAAGAUUCACCUGGAGAGGUUUGAGGUUCCGACAGAGGGCGACUUCUUCGACAGGAUGAUCGAUCUGCAGGUGGAAUUGUCGCUAGGCGACAACAAGAACCGAUCGACUUUCGACACCGCGUGGAAAUUCACCUACGAGGCCUUCAAGCUCGUCUCGGUCGGCUCCAUCGGGACCGAGGAGUGCGAGGCGCUCGUUUACGACAACAAAAUGAUUUCCCAAUUACGACAGAUGAACUUUGACAUCAUCAUCAUCGAUCCCGCUAUGGUUUGCGGCAACAUCGUGGCCAGACUGUUGAACAUCCCGCUCGUCAUCAUUGAAGCACCCUACAUCAUGCCGGGUUUCCUGGAGUACGCCACCCAGGCUCCCGUGCCGAUAGCCACCUUCUACUCCUUCCGAACGGACUUCUGGCAGAGGCUGAAGAACCUGGUCUGGCACUGUGUCGCCGGCGCCAUCAUGCGGACUUUCGCAGGCAGGUUCAGGCCGAUCGCGUCCCGCGCUCUUGGUUACGACACGACCAUCCUGGAGCUGAUGGCGGAGGCAGACCUGUUUCUCAUGAGGGGGGAUUUUGUCAUGCACCCCCCUCACCCCGCCAUGCCCAACAUGGUUUACAUAGGGGGGUACCACGUACAGCGCGUCAACCCCCUGCCAAAGGAUCUUGAAAAGUUCCUUGAAGAGUCCGGGGGUGUAGUCGUCUUGUCCUUCGGGUCCUACGCCAAGGUAAUGGGCAAGGAGAAGGCCGAGAUGUUGGCUGCAGGGUUAGCAAGGGUGCCUUUUAAGGUCAUCUGGAAGUUCCAAGGUCAAAGACCGAAAAACACAGGAGAGAACACCUUGUUGAUGAGCUGGAUUCCACAGAAUGACUUGCUGGCUCACCCCAAGACCCUCCUGUUCAUCACCCACUGCGGGAUUAACGCCGUGUACGAGGCGAUGUUCCACGGCGUGCCCAUGGUCAGGGUUCCCGCCUUCGCAGAGCAGCAUGGGAACAGCGACAACCUGGAGACUCUGGGAACGGGAGUCACCCUGGACAUCUUCACCAUGACCUCGGAUGACCUUUACGAAGCCAUCAUGGAGGUCGCCAACAACAAAACCUACAAGUCCGCCGCCGUGCGGCUGGCGCAGCUCCAGCGGGACCAGCCGCAGUCUCCCAUGGACCGCGCCGUCUGGUGGAUCGAGCACGUCAUCAGACAUGGCGGCCUGCCGCACCUCAAGUCGGCCGCGCGACACCUCAGCCUGCUGCAGUACCACCUGCUGGACGUGGCGGCGCUACUGUCCGCGGCAGGGGUGGCCAUGGUGCUUGUUCUCUGGCUCUGCUGUCGGUGCUGCUGUCGGUGCUGCUGCCGAGUUCUGUGCGGGAAGAAAGCAGCCACCAAACAGAAGCAGCACUGAUGAAUCAGAAGACAUCUUCAAGGUAUGGAAAAGUCACAACUUCUGUCAAUAGGCAACUAUGAACUUAGCCUGUCCCGGGCUCUCCAGGCUGAUGCCGUAAAUUCUCGACCCAGCUGACUUCAGUUAUCUGAUCUCCAAGCAGAUGUUAGCCGUCAGUGUACUGAGGGGGCCGAUUUCAUCUUUGAAAGAGAAUUGCCCAACUAGGGGUUGACAGAUAGUCAUGAUUUUUGGUAUGCAGUUAGCGUCAGUAAUGAUUUAGACAAGUAAAAUCCAAUCGUGCUAAUUGAAAACUUGUUUUGCUUGAUCAAGGAAGAAAGUUUAUAAAUCAAUUGCAUUUAAUGAUAGGACUCAUAGACAUGUGAAUAUGUAAGUGAUAUAUAGAGGAAAAUCGAUAGAUAUCAAUCAUACGUGUGAUUUGCAUAAUUCAUAAGUAAACACUAUAAUCAACUAAAGGUAAAAAAUGCUGAUUCUAUUCUUGUGGCAUUUAGAAGUUAGGUAAAAUUGAAUAUUCGUAGAUAGAAACCAUCAAAAUGAUGAUGACAUUUACAUGAUUUAUGAGAAAAGGUUUCAACAGCCUUCUGUACUAAGAUAAGACUUUUAUACUUUGAACAGCCCUAACCGCAAACACUUUGAAUUUACGGAGGCAUGUGACCUACGGACUCUUGUUUAUUAUUCUUAAUGGCAAACCUGUAUGCUCUGUGAGUCAAAAAUGACUAGUUUAAAGGAAAAAUUCAUGCUUGGAUAAGUUGUGAAGCAAUGAACAAUGUUUUAUUUUAGUACAUGCCUGUAUUUGAAUACAUAUUUAAUAGAUGGCUAUUUAGAUAACAGAUGAAUGAAUAUCAACUUAAAUUUAAGGAUUAUCUAUCAAAACGGUUGACGCUGUGGUAGAGCAGUUCAAACUUAUUACAAUAUGCAGUAAAGUCCUUGUAAUCAGACAUCCUUCAUUACACUUUGAAUCACAUAUAUAGGGUUGAGCGGUGAUAUGUC